UUCAUCAUUGUUGAACGCUUCUGUUCAUCUCUGCUCGGCUUUCUGUUGUUCUUUAUCGUCAAAGCACUUGAGUCAAGACUGAAGAGAAAAAAGAUGCUGCGAGGGUUUUCUUCGUCCAAUAGUGACUAGUGGCCUUCAAAGUGCUUUCCCCAGGAAACUACAGGGAUCUCUGCAAUCUGUAGGAUUUUUUUUUCCAGUCGAAACAGGAUUUUGUUGAUAGAGUGGACAUAAUCGUCUCCGAAACAGCAACACUGCCAAUAACUGUGCCCAGUUUUUAUUGCCUUUUUUAUUGGAAUUAGUUUUGAUAAUGAGUGUUUCCGCGAUGGACAACGGACAGACGGAGGAAAAUGAUAAGAAUCGGAACGAGGACGUGGGGGAUGCAUUUGGUUAUGGCAGGAAUACUGUCAGCCCUCAGGCUGCACCAAUGCAGACAGCUCCUACCGAACGAUAUGCCAGUCAUUACAACAUGAGCCAUGCCAAGAGGGGACUUGCUCUUAUAUUCAAUCAUGAAUUCUUUACGGUGAGCCACUUGAAGCCGAGAUCGGGAACCAAUGUCGAUUGCGAACAGUUGGUCAGUACCCUGAAAGAUCUGGGGUUCGAGGUAAAGGACUUUCAUAAUGCCACGCACCGGGAUAUUGCCAAGAACUUGGAGGCUGUUGCCGACAAAGAUCAUUCCAAUCACGACUGUCUGGUUGUCGCCGUCCUCAGUCACGGUGAAUUGGGUCUUCUCUAUGCCCAUGACACACCGUACAAGGCCGACACAAUCUGGUCGUAUUUCACGGCUGACAAGUGCCCAACACUCGCUGGGAAGCCAAAGAUUUUCUUCAUUCAGGCUUGCCAGGGAGACAGACUCGAUGCUGGGGCGACAUUGAAAGAAAGGACUGAGACUGAUGGGCAUCAUGCUCCCACAUUCAGGAUACCCUCUCAUGCUGAUUUUCUCAUUGCAUAUUCAACGAUUCCAGGCUUCUUCUCUUGGCGCAAUACAACUCGUGGUUCAUGGUUCAUGCAGGCCCUGUGCAUCGAGCUCCGUGAGAAUGGAACUCGCUACGACCUGUUGACACUCCUCACCUUCGUGUCCCAGCGGGUCGCCCUGGACUUUGAGUCCAACACACCUGAUAAUAUGACCAUGCAUCAGCAGAAGCAGAUUCCCUGCAUAACCUCCAUGCUCACACGUCUCAUCAAGUUCACCCCCAAGAAUGGAUUGGUCAGUGAGGCAAAAGCCACCUAGACUAGAUGAUUGAAUUUCACGAAUGAGAGAGAACGAAAAACCAGUGAUUUUCACGGUGAUUUGGUCAAAUAAGAUGUCGCUUUUGACUAUUGACCAGUUUUUGAUGAAUAUCUUAAAAUCCAAGGGAAAUAUGAAAAUUUUUAUUAUCAACUUUUUUACGGAGCUUUUUGAGUAGUACACUAAAUGUAGUUACGAAAUUCCGGGAUCUCUCUUAGAUUCAGGCAAUUAGCAGUGAUCAUCACGAGAAAAUCGUACCUAGGAAUGUUCGAUAUGACACCAUUUGGAAAUAUCGAUAUAUGUUGCUGUAAGAAUCUAUUUUAAUCCAUAUUUUUCGGAGCGAUUUAUCGAAGACAUCGAUAUUGAAUUUUUUUCGUGAAUAUUAGACUAAAUAUGAUAUGCGUAAACAUCAAUUAUCAUCAUGAAUCAAUAGAAAUAUGAUCGAUUUAUGGUGCGACUUUUAGAUGUUGAAAAAAAAAAAAUUUUCAUGAAUAAUAUUGUCUUAUCAAUGUUUAUCAUAUCAAUACUGUUUGCAAUAUCGAACAUUCCUUGUUCUACCAUCGGUGUUUGAAUUAUUUUUUUCAUUUUUGUCAGGUGAAUUUAAAUCGCGCAACAAUCUGUACCGAUUGAAUUUCUCUCUACAUUCUUUCACCCAUUUUUCACAGCUCAGAGUAUUUCUGAAGGACCAGUUCUGCAUUUAUUUACAUUAUAUUAUUGCUCAAACCAACGAUGGUGGUUAUCAAGCCUUAAAAAUGUCUUUCACAGCAUUUAAAUGUUAAAAUUGUGAUAAUUGUACCAUGACUGCCAACUGCAUUAUCAAUAUUGUAUCUGUCGGGCAGUAUGUAAUCAUUGGAUUAAAAAAUUAAUGGAAGAUA